AUGUCUGCCCCACGGAGAUCUAAACGAAUUCAGACUCUCCAUCAAUCCGGCGAAGGCUCUCGCGGAAUCACCGAAAGCCCCAAAGCCCUCAAGAAAGGUCAUUGUGAGAAAAGAAGGAAGACGGCUGGGGGCCAGCGCGAAAUGUCAGGAGUGCAGCGCAGCGGAAGCCCUCGAGGGAUCGGUCUAACUUGGGCUGAGCAGGAAAGACUGGAAGAUGAGGAAGAGCACUUUAAGAGAAUCAGGUCUAAAGAGUAUCUUCAUGCGACCUUGGGUCAAGAACGCUUGGACCCACAUGUCGAACUUGCUUGGCCGCGGCUUUGCGGCGCCAUUAGUGGUCUUGUAGAUGUCCCCAGCCUUUGGGAUGUGCCGUGGGACAGUCUCGACGAGGCCCUCCAGGAGAAGUUCCUGAGCUAUACUCCCAAUGCAGAAGAGCUUUUCCAAGUUCCUCGACUGGCUGGGCAUGUAUUUCAACGAUGGGUUUGGGAGAUCGUGGAUGAGAAUUUCUUCUCCAAGAAAAGUAAGGAUAUUGUUUGGACGUCACCUUACUGGGAAGCUCAGGCAACCCUGGAGCUCUACUUAAAAGAACACAACUUCUCUUUGACACAUGAAACUGCGUGGGUUAAGUAUACACACUGGAGAUACACCGCGAUGGACUUGUACAUGUCCCUCCCAGACUCUUCAACGAGGUGGCAAAGGAUUGAUCAAAAGUGUAUUCUUCAGAUCAUUGUCAAAGCCCUCGGCAAAUACUUCCCAAAGGAGCAUUCAACAGAAACAGAUCCCAAAAGCAAAAGGUUCUCAGCAGUCGUCCUUGGCCUUGUUGAGAACAUAGCCAUGCUGGAGUUUUACUUUUCCGCCAAUUUUACUUUCUUCUCCCGUGCCUUCCACCACCCCAUAACUCAACAAACCAGCGGUUUUCCUUACUCGAGAGAACUCGAAGGAAUAAAGGGUCAGGCUGUGAAGAGCAUCUGGGCCGAUGACGAUUACCUCGGACGAACUGUCGAUAUUGUAUUUGAACCUAUGCUACUGCAACACGGGCAUCACUAUGGAUUUGAUUUCCAUGUCAAGAAAGCUGUGUUUCCCAUGAGAUGUUGCGUUGCUUGGCUUGAGGAUUGGCGCAACCUUCCAGAUUCUCCACAACAGGAGGGAGAGGAGACAGACGAGGCGAGCGUAGAAGAGAAGAAUACCGAAGAUGGCGAGGAUGAUAAGGAUAAAGAGAGGGAUGAGGAUGAGGAUGAGCUAACAAAGCAGAAGGAAAUGGAGAAGAACAAGAACAAGAGCAAGAGCAAGAGCAAGGAUAAAGGGAGGCGUUAG